AUGUACCCGUCACGCCAGCGCAAACACGUCGUCGUUCCGGGCCUUCUGAUCAUGACGUGCGUUUCCUGCCUUUUAAUAGUUCUGACGAUGGAACCCUUAAAAGAUGAUGGUACCGGUCGUGUAAGUUGGAGGCAUACCGUUAGGGAAGGCAUUGACUCUACCAGUAGGAGUUUAGACAAGCCUACCAACUUUGUUGAAGUCAUUGGUAGGUUGGAGGAUGCAGGCCCACUCGCUUCUACACCCGCAAACAUACAUCAAACCAACAUUGAGGUAAGAGGCACAGUCGCCCCUGUUGUAGAGAAGAAAACAGCCAUUGCGGCAUCACCUUCCGACGAUGAUUCAACUGAUAGUCUGGCAGUGCCCUUGUUGCGCCCGGUGCUGGAAUGGCAAACAUAUCAGCAAGAGCACAGUGACGAGGUCCUCGAAUAUGAACUUCUGCAUGACCGACUUGCUAUACGCAAUCGCCGAUUCGCGGUUGUCCCCUAUACCUGCCCACACCGGGUCGGUAACUUCUGGCACAAUGCCGUGCAUACCAUUACUUGGGCCAUAGUCCACAAUCGUACCAUUCUACUGCAACCUUACAAGCUUCAAGACCAGGAUACUAACUGCCAAGGUCGCGUACUCAUUCCAUCCUGGAUCCCGCUCUACGAGAAAUGGCGGUUCAAAUUGGCUUUGCCGAAUCCGGAACCUUGGCCCAUACUGACCAAUAGCGUCAGUGAAAGUGGUUCGUCGGCACUAGAGCCUGCCCACCGAGACCAUAACUCGAUCAUGGUGGCGCGCUUUCCGCAAAUUCCGGAUAUAGACUCAAAGGAAACCAACAUAACCAGAUGCCAAUGGGUAGAAGACCUUUCCCGUCCAAAGUUUCGCGACUACUUGAACCAUCAUGUCGCACAGAACAAGCUCAAUCCCAGGUUGACAUCAUUUCUACCUUCUCGGAUGGUUGAGCUCUACCAAGAAGGCGCUGAUUUUUUGGACGGUAUGCUAUUCCAUACCGUAUUCCCUUUGUCGCCUUCGGCCACUGCUGCGGAUAGAGUUAAUGACGGCAGCACCUUCUCGGUAGCGCUUCAUUCCCGGCACAUUUCUCCGGGUGAUGAUGGCUCGUUUUUACCGAGUGAGAUUGCUUGCCUCCAACACUUACUACUUAAUCAAACGACGGCAACGAGCUGUCGAGUGGUGCUUCUGUCUGAUCGCGAUUUGUCAAUCGAAAUCAUGCAGAAGUGGAUCCACACCCAUACAAAUUGUACGGUGGUGACGGCUUCCGACCACAGGGGCAAAGCGGAUCCCAACGUCACAACAUUCCUUUAUAAAACUCCAGCCGAGCAUGGACCUCAUGCUGGGCUCGGUUUCUUGGAUGAAAUCUCCAUGGCAACAAAUUCUGUUUUGGACGCGGUGGUAGGAGACCCACAUCGUUCCAGUUUUGAAAUCUUGCACAAGCUGGCCAUAUAUCACCGCGCCACGGUGGACGUAAGUGGAGGAGCUACCAAUGUCGAUGCUGCUUCGACUCCCCUUCACUUUUGCGAAUUGCCCUUGAAAAAAGUCAAAGGCUACAACUAUGGUCCCAAUACGCCAAUGUUUCGACAUCCCAGGAAUGUCGAGCCACUACCCGCGAAAGAAAUACUAGACGUCUACAUUGCUAGACAUGGACACGACGUCAUGCAGCGUGAAUGGGAGGAUCAUGGAGAGCUUUGCGCAACGCGUCAAUUCUUGGUUGUGCCGUUCGACUGCAAUUCUUCCAGCACUGACUGGACUGGAACAAAUCAGAGUAGUAGCAGCAUGGACGACUGGUUAAAUGGCAUGGUGUGGGCAGUAAUUACAAAUCGUACCGCGCUGUGGACGUGUAGGACAUGGUCAAGCAAAUGGCGCAAAUUUGUACCAAGGAAGAAGAACGAAGGCCGUCCCCAGUCGUUUCGAAAUACUGUUGUAGAAAAUGGUAACCAGCACGACAAAAAGCACCCUUAUCGGACAUUAUGGAGACCACAACCGUGGAUGACGAAAUGGGAAACUUGGGCCAAUCAAGUAAAUGUGAAGGAGGAGUCUUUGGAAACGUUCUCGACGUUGCGUACAAGCAGGUUAGCACGCGUCCUCCGUUUUUCGUCUGAUUUUCCUCCAUUGCCGUUGUCAACCACAAACCCCAGGAAGACGCCCACUGGACACACCUCGCCAGCGACUGAGCAGAAUACAGCUCUAUCUCUCUGGCAAUUCCGUUGGGAUACCCUUUUCGAUCAGGGUACAGACUACCUGUAUGGAAUGCUGCACAAGCAUACUUUGGAGUGGAGAACGACGCAGCGACCAACAAUUCACACAAGCGAUUCUUUAAGUACAGAAGAAGCAGCCGGCUUCACCGUGGGAUUGAUUAUGAAUCAACCACCUAGGUUGAUGAGCACGUUUACUGGAAGGCAAAGGAUUAAUAGGGAGCUUACAGACUGUCUCGAUCGCCUACUACCCGUGACAACACAGGCCUCAACCACGAACUUGACACGAGCGAUAGCAUUAUCCUCGUCCUUCUGUACGAUUUUACUUGUGGGGUACCCACUAGACACUGUCAUGGAGGAGUGGUUGCGUUCUUUUCGAUCAAACUGUCGACUCCGUACGAGUCACAACAAGGAAAACCGUAUGCAAUCCUCAUCGUUUUCGAGCAGCGGUCUCUCGCGAUCGGACGCGGACUUUAUUUCGCAAGCGCGGGAUGGUUUGGUUGUAUUCGCGGAAGGUAAUUCACUCACUGCAACCGUCAUCCGCCAACGAAUUACCUACGAGCGAACGCAAGAAACGUGGCAACUCGGUCGCGUACCGAUGCAGUUGUCACCACUACGAAGCUGCCUUUUGUCGGUUGGCUAG